GGAAGUCAGAUCAACACUCACCACAGACCAGGCAGCAGAGCACACACACAUUUGGGACACUACUGGAGACACGGUCGCAGAGCCACUGGCCGAUGCUCCCACACUCUGGAACGGGCAUCCUCACAAACAGAGCAGUGAAACUACACACACACACCAGAUCCAAAAUGCUCAGCGUUCAGGAGCGCAAGCCCAAGAGGCCUCACUACAUCCCACGGCCCCCAGGCAAGCCUUACAAAUACCAGUGUUUCCAGUGCCCGUUCACCUGCAACGAGAAGUCUCACCUGUUCAACCACAUGAAGUACAACCUCUGUAAGAAUUCUAUAUCACUGGUGUCUCAGAAAGGAGGCCACGCAGGGAGGCAGACCAAGAACCCUGGCCCGGCCAACCACAAACUGGCAUCUUUAACCCUGAAAGACAAAUCAGGGCCACUUCCUGUGGAGCGGCUCAUGACCCCUGAGGGUCACAGAGGAGGAGUGGAGAACAGGAGAGAAGAGAAGGAGGAGGAGAGGGAGGAGGAGAAGGAGGAGAGAGAGGAUGAGAAGGAGGAGGAGAGAGAGAAGGAGAAGGAGGAGAGAGAGGAGGCGUGUGGGAGUCCAGUCAGGAAAGACAUUGAGAUCAAAUCAGACACAAAGGAAGUCAAAGAGGCCAAGGCUGUGCCACGCCCGUCAGCCUUCUCCCAAGUCACACCCAAUCGGGAGAACCCAGAGGUCGCGCUAAAGUCGUCCCACAACCAAUCAGGGGAGCAGUCUCUGACUCCGCCCAUGCCAUCAUUCCAUAACCCCACCUUCGCCUGGGGCCCAAUGGCAGCAGCCUCCAUGCCGCUGAAGCCCCUCCCACCUCACAUAAUACCUGAGUACCCUCCCUACCUGUUUCCUGAUUGCCACCCGGCGCUCCACCCCCUCUACCAGCCCUACUUCAUCCCAGGGACGCAUCACCUUUCUGGGUCAAACUCCCAGACCUACCGGCCUAGCUUCCUGGAGACCCCACAAAGACCUGUGAUACCCAUGAACCCGGACCACUCCCACCCAUCUCUCAUCCCUCCAUACCCCUACAGAUACGGUCUCCCCCUGCCCUAUGGCCUGUACCGACCCGCGGACCACCACCACCCAAACCCCAUCCCUCUCCCAGGCUCCAGGUACUUUCCUCUGGAUGUGUACGACCCAAGACCAGGCCCCGGCCUGGGACCUAGGGACUAUGACUUUUACCUCCACCCCAGGCUCAUUGGUGAACCCCACAGCAGACCCACGGAAGAAGGGACCAGCCAGGUGGAGCAGAGCAGAGACAAGCCCACCAGACUGAGCCCCAUGGAGGGGUGUUCUGCCUUGGGCUCCCCUGACAGACCCAGCCCUCCACACCCCUUCACCCAGAGAGACACUACGGAGGGUUCCAGAUGUACCGUCCUGGGGGAACUACAGCCUGUCAACCAAUCAGGAGGACCAGAACCAGCCUCUCAGCCAAUCAGAGUAGAGCAGAGCAAAGAGGACGCACCACAGAGCUUGAUGACGCACAUGGAAAGAGGGUCGGCAGGCAACAGCGCAGAGCACUCCACCUCUGACGAAAGCAACGACUCCUCAUCUGAACGAGAUGGUGAAGAUGAGGAUGAUGAAGACACUGAGAAAGAUUUGAUGCCCCUGAACCUCUCCAAAAAGGACCAGGAGUCCGACCUCUUCACCAGCAGGGGGAGCUGUCCUGAAACAAGGCACCCGGAGGAGGACCUGCCACUGAACCUGAGCCUUAGGGCCACACCAGGCAGUCCAGAUCACUGCUCCAAAAUGGCCACCUCAGGGAGGGAGUUUGUUAGGGUACAACCAGGCAACCCAGACCACUGCUCCAAAAUGGCCACCUCAGGGAGGGAGUUUGUUAGGGUACAACCAGGCAACCCAGACCACUGCUCCAAAAUGGCCACCUUAAUCGCAGUGGAUCUCAGUCAACAGGGCUCCAGCCCAGCUCCCACCCAGACAGACAAGGAGCCCAGUGACCAACAGAGACAGACUGCAGCCCUGGCUCUCUGCCAGCUGGCUAGCUCCUCCUCUUCCUCCAGCUGCAGCCUCAGCUCUAUGGCAGCAGACAGCCCGUCAGUACGCCCAACAGACUGCCCCUGUCUCCCAACAACCACAGCCCUCGCCAGAGAGGUGAAACACACAACCACAGCCCUCCCCAGAGAGGUGAAACACACAACCACAGCCCUCCCCAGAGAGGUGAAACACACAACCACAGCCCUCGCCAGAGAGGUGAAACACACAACCACAGCCCUCCCCAGAGAGGCGAAACACACAACCACAGCCCUCCCCAGAGAGGCGAAACACACAACCACAGCCCUCCCCAGAGAGGUGAAACAGGAACACACAACCACAGACCUCUCCAGGGAGGUCAAACAGGAACACACAGCCAAGGGCCAGACCGACCAGUCUAGUACCCCAGUUAGGGGGGUGAAGAGAGCUGCCAGGGGAGAGAGCCAGCUCCCAGCCAGGAAAAAACACCAGGCUUACAGCCCCUCACAAACAGACUAAGAGGGUGGUGAAGGAGACAGGAGGAGGGAGAGCACUGAGGAGGAGACCUCUCUGCUGCUGAACACCAAGUGACAGUUGAACCAAUACCCAUCCAACAGACAACAGGAAGUCCACAGUGGCUCAAAACCCUCACGGCCUCUAGUCUAGGACCAGGAUGUAAAGGAGUAAAGUGGCGCUGUACAGUUGAACCUCCACGGACACGCCCCUGUCUGUCUAUAGGACGAUGAAAUGUUUACCAAGCACUAAAAGCAAGACUGGUGUUUUAAAAACGACAUGUGAUGGUGUCUCCGGGAGGCUACAGGGAAAACCCUCCUCACCUGCACUGACUUGACCCAAAUAGCCUUUCAUAUAAAAUGUUAACCCUUCACAUCUGAUCACAGAACGCUGUAUAGAACAAGGGUGGAACUAUUUAAGUGACUAUAAUAUGUUGUAUACUACAAGGUGCAUGGUGGUGAGAUAAGCUGUACAUAUUUAAUAUGGUUCUAAAAAUCAAUACCAAAAUAAAAUCUGUCCAUGUUUAUCCCAA